AUGGAUGGGGUUCUGCAUACCCUGGCCGGAGCCGGCCACGAGGUAUCGGAUUCCAACAUGCCGCCGUCUCCACUGUCAGGAUCGAGCCAUGCCACUCUGGUCAGCAUCUGUGCUGAAUUGCGAUCCCUAGCUGCAUGGAUGGUCACUAAAAGAGACUUGCAGACCCUCACCUCCAUGCUCAACAACACCAUUAAGGCCGAAAUGGCCAUGAUUCGCACAGAGGUGAAUGAGCAAGGGACACGGAUACCAGUUCUGGAGCAAACUACUCAGGACCUCUCGACACAGGUCGUGGCCUCUGAUCAGGCACUAGCGAGGCAGGGCACUAUGCUAUUGGAGAUGAGCCGCCAGAUGGAAAACUUAGAUAACCGCGGUCGCAGAUACAACCUGAGGGUGCGAGGCCUACCCGAGCCCAACGGGCCUGAAGAUGUGGAGCGCCUACUCACUUCACUGUUCCACUUCAUCGUUGGAGAAGCCGCACCGGCAGCCUACGGCUUUGUGAGGGUCCACCACGCCUUGCGCCCGAGGUCCAACAAUCCCACUCCCAGAGUUAUAAUCUGCUGCUGA